AUGCUGGCUCUACGUUUUUAUGCCUCUGGAAGCUUUUUGGAAGUUAUCGGAGAUACCAUGGGGUUUGAUAAAAGUACAGUCAGCAGGGCUAUCGACGAUGUUACUAAUGCACUCAUUGCAAAGAAAGAUAGAUUUAUAAAAUGGCCUAAUCAUGAGGAAAUUUUGAAAUCCAAGCAAAAUUUCUUUUCACGGGGUGGAUUUCCAGGAGUAAUUGGCUGUAUAGAUGGAACCCAUGUCCGAAUACAAGCACCUUUUGAAGAUGAGGCCGUGUAUGUGAACAGGAAGGGGUUUCAUUCCAUCAAUGUACAGGCCAUUUGUGACCAUGAAGGGAAAUUCAUUAACAUUGAUGCUCAGUGGCCUGGCAGUACCCACGAUAGUCACGUAUUUCGGACAUCCGAGGUGUGUACCUUCUUGGAAGAAAACCACCGUGGUGUCGAAGAUGGCUACCUCAUUGGUGACAGUGGCUAUGCGUGUUCUAGGUUUUUAAUUACGCCUUAUCUACAUCCUGCAAACCUGUCAGAGGAAGCAUUUAAUACGGCUCAUUGUCGUACACGCAACGCUGUAGAGAGAGUCUUUGGUUGGUGGAAAAGAAGGUCCCACGUCUUGCAUAGCGAAAUCAAGAUGAAGCCUGCAAAAGUCUGUAAAAUAAUUGGUGCCUGUGCCAUUCUGCACAACAUCGCCAUAUCUCUUAAGGAAGAGAUGGAUGAUGAGGACGAAGAAGACGUCAACGCCGCUGUUCAUUUGGAUUAUCGGGGACCUGAGGACGGAAGAGCAAUCAGGAACUUUAUAACCAGGACCUACUUCUGAAAUGAAUGCAUAACAAAAAUAAAUUUUGAGAACCCUUCAUAUUAUUUAUGUAAUGAUUUAAAACUGCAACUGUUUUAUAAGUAGUACAUGCAUGCUUUUUUUUUAUUCGUCAGUUAUGGCUUGUAGUGCUAGCA